CAAGACCGAAGAAGGCGCUUGUGCCUCUGUCACGAUGUUCACGGAUGGUCUCAUUCUGAGUGUCUCUACUCUGUUUCAGUGUUCUGAUUAUCCAAAAGCCACCCAAAGAUUCAUCGGGCAUAUGUCGUCUCUGAACAGUAGUCGCUUCCAACGAUUGCUACGUUGAUAACAUUGCGCUCUCCAUGGAGUAAGACGUGGCCAGACUGUUGUUCUACCGAUGGAUAGGUCUCUGGGCUGCUCUGCACGGCGUUUGAGUUCGGGAGAAACUUGUUUCCGUGGCUCGUUACCAAUCUCGCCGCUAGAGCCUAUCGCAUCCCCCUCCAACACCCAUCUCACCGCCUGGUCCUGUUGCCCGUAUCGCCCGCGCCAUACGACAGUCGUAUUCAUCGGGCAUCUCGACCUCGUUAUCCGACAGGUUGUCACCGUUUACCGUCCCCCGCUGAUCACGUUAGUUCCCGGCAUAGUACCCAUCCUUCAGCCACCACUCGAUUCGAACCAAGAAUUUGAUUACAUAUUCGAUUCAGCCAUGGACUGACAUCGAGUGGGACCAGAUCAUCC